UCCUCCUCUGACUCUCGCCUCCCUGUGUAUUCCUGUCCCUUCCAUUUUUACUUUCUAACAGCAAUGUUAAAUGGAUUACAGGGGAUUCACUUAUUUAAAGACUUGAACAAGCACUCUGAAAUAUAUUUUUGGAUCAUCCAAGAAUAACAACUGUACCAAUAGUGUUUGAGGCACCAGAGGGAUCUUUUUCAAGUAAGUUACCUUUGCCCUGUGAGACGACGCUGUGUAGUACUCGACCAACUCGACCAAGUACUUGUCAGCCAGAGCCUGACCAGGCCAGUUCAGCUUUGUCUUUACCCUCAGCACCACUCAGCAGGAGCCUGAGCUUGGUGCUCCAGCCUGCUCCUCUGCCAACUCCAUUAUGUCUCUCAGGCUCCUGCCUGCUAUCGUUAUGGACAAUGACGAAGAUGAUGAUGGUAACUUCACAAAAUGGAUGAGUAGUUACUGGGGUCACGGAUCAGAAGCUGGACAUUCGAGAGAGAGAAAACGCAGCUUCAGAAGGCCGGCAAAAACACAAGUUGACCGAAGAGCAUCACUCCCAUGUGAGUCACAGUUAAAUGCCAUGAAGUUGAAAAGGCUCCAUGCAGCUACAAUGGCACCGGCUCCCAUCCACAUCAAAACAAAAGAGGAGAAAGGGGAAGUCAGGCCUCACUGCAGAGCCCGUCGUGCCUCCUCUGACGACAACAGCCGCUCCAAGGCUGCCAUCCCGGAGAACCGCAUCACCACCAUCCCAGAGCUCACAGAGUCAUUUGAGAAGAGACUUUGUUUUAGUGACAAGAAGACCAUGUCUCUGAAUGAUGCGGACAGCUUGUGUCUCAUUUGUCAUGAAGACAUGCGAAACAGUAAAGGGGGAGUUCAAGAGCUGCACUGUACACACCGCUUUCACAAAGAGUGUGUGGAGCAGCGGCUGUGGAAGAAACAGACGUGUCCCAUAUGCCGUGUCCAUGUGUGCAUGCCGAAGCCCCUGUACUGGUCCUCGUCCCGCACCUCAGUUCCAUGAUGAUCAACCCUCACCCCCGCCUGCCACACAUCCCUCUGCAUGACGCCUCCCUGCACUGCUUGGCCAACAUAUGACAAUAGAAGAUCAUGCAGAAGCAUGUGAUGUUAUUUAUUUCUCUCUGGAUUGCACAGUCAUGCAGUUUACACAAAACCGCAUUUAGGAGGAGACUUUCAUGGACCUUUUCUCCAGGGGGAGUCCAGUCUUCAACAAAGUGUCACUUGGCUAUUUGCUCCGCCUCCUUGACCUUGGCCUCACCCAAACGCAGAUGCUGAAUAGCUGUGGACUAUUUUUCACAAUGUUGUAUCACUUGAAACUCAGUAGGUGGACGAUCCACAUUAAGUGUGACCAGUGUUUGUUUUGUGAUUUAAAGACUAAAUCUAUGGUGAUGACAGAGCUGAAUGGCAUAGAAGGAUUUGAUACGGACAUGGAUAGAAAGGAUGAUACUUAUUUUAUUAAUGAAUGGGUAUUUGCUAAUCUAAAGUGAGUUUUCACAUGUAUUAUACUCAAAUUAAUAUUUUUUUAUACUGUAUACCAGUGGUUCUCAAUCUUUUUGGCUCAUGACCCCUUUAAACAAACUAAUGCCUCCAGGUGACCCCCCUGUCACCGACUGCAUGUGCAGACAGGUGAACAGUCCACCUAAAGAAUGACCACCUGUUCAGUCUGUUUCAUUUAAUUAAUUAUCAGAGGAAAACUACUCAGUAUUUCACGAGACAAAAAGAGUUACAUAUGAAAAAAUAAUUAUCUCAUGACACCCCUGGUGGCAUCCCUAUUCACAGUAUGAAAACCACUGCUAUAGACACAUUCUCACUGAUUAAAUACUAGAACAGCCAGGGCUGUGCCCGCUGGACCCUCUGCCCAGCAAUGCUUGAUGUCACCACUAGGAGGCUCUAGUAGGUUAGCUCUGCACAGUCCCUAGCAAUGUUUACUGUUGCCACUGGCAGGCUCCACUAUCUUGAGUCUGAAAAAAGUUUUUAAGCCCCCCUAUCCACAGCGGGGGUGCAGCGAUGAAAUCUUGAAAAAGUGAGCACGGUCCAUCUCCAACUGGUACCUCAUCUUGCACCUCCUUCAUCAUCCUGCCUUACCGCUGCCAUUUUGUUUCCAUGCAUUUAUUUUGCAUGUGACUUCUAAUCCACUGUCACCUCUACACUAGCUCUCCAGCUCUGCCAAAUAAGAAGAUACAGAGUUUACAGCUUGUGCUAAAUAUAUAUAAUAGAAUCUGGCUGCCUGUAAAUAAGAUUCAUACUGUAUAAAUGUUAUUUGUAAAGAUUUGAUUGUGAAAUAUAUAAAUUCAUUUCUAGUCAUGACAAAUAGUUUUUCUGUGCAUAACAUAUUUAUCAAUAGACUAUUUGAAACUGUUACUUCAGGUGACUCAUACUGCUUAUAUAUUUAUAUUAUUAAAGUAAUGAAAAUUACUAAAUGGCAAAUUCCUAAUAAUCUAAUGGGAUCUUGUUGGGUUUGUGUCCAGUCAAACUGGCAAUUCAUUUGUCGGAAGUUUGUACUACAGAUGAAAUAAAGUUUAUUAUAGAGUCAACAUUAAGUUCAA